AUGAAGAAGAAUCAGAGAUCAACGAACAAAGAUCACAUGGAUGAUUAUUCAGAGUCAGAGGAUUGGUGCUUCAUCUGCAAAGACGGUGGGGUUCUAAUUCUAUGCGACCACGAGGGCUGCUCCAAAGCCUAUCACCCUCGCUGCGUUGGAAAGAAGAUAUCUUUCCUCAAGAAACAAAAGCGCUGGAUUUGUAGUCACCACUCCUGCUCAGCGUGCGGUGUUGCCGCCCCUGGAACUAAGAUCCUCUCUUGCCUUCUUUGCACUUUUGCAGUGUGUGGUAGUUGCUGCAAAAGCAGCGAUGCUAAUUCGGAGUUUGCAGUGGUGAGAGGGAAGGAGAAACUUGGCCUUUGCAAUGACUGCUUAGGGAUUGUUAGGCUUGCAGAAGAAAAUGGACAGUAUGGAGUAGAUGGAAAGAAAUUAGGCUUCGAGGAUCCGGAAACAUUUGAAUACGGAUUCAAAGAAUGUUGGGAAAUCAUCAAGGAAAAGGAGGGCUUGACCUUGGAUGAUCUCUACUUCCCAUAUUCCAAAGGGGUAACAGAUAGUCAUGACAGUAAAGACACAGAAACUCACAAGUCAACAUUGGGCAAACGGAAGGCAGAAGCCGAAAUUUGUGAGGAUAACGAAGAUGAAUUUGGUAGUGACGAUCUUGCUGCAAGCAACCACAAGAAGCAAAAAUUAGUGAGCUCAUCAGAGCAUAUGACAUCAGAAUCUGAUUUGCAUGAGGAAAAUAACUCCGAGGAAAAGGAGGAAAUGAUUCCUAGUCCGACUAGGAAUGACGAAUCAGAGUGGCGCUUUGCAUCUAUAGUUGCUAGUAAUAUGAAGCUUGUCUACUUGAGAAGGAGCUUAGUGGAGGAGCUGAUAUCCAAGCAGCCUGAUAGUUGGGAAAGAAAACUAGUUGGAAGUUAUGUGAGAGUGGAAAAUGAACCCGAGGACUAUUUUCAGAUAAAAUCUUCUUACCAACUUUCACAAGUGAAAGGCAUAAUUAGGAACCACAACAAUGGAGAAGAAAUUCUCCUGCAUCUGCUAACAAGAGAGGUUCCAAUUUCUAUGCUAUCGGAUUGUGACUUCACUGAGGAAGAUUGUGAAGAUUUGCAAGAAAGGGUGAAAAUUGACCUGAUGAGGAGACCGACGGUUGUUGAAAUUGAACAAAAAGCAAGAGAGCUGCAUGAAGAUAUAACUAAGGAUUGGAUUGAGAGAGAGUUGGUCCGGUUACAGAAAUGCAUUCAUCACGAGAAAAAUCAGCAUGGAUGGAUCAGCAGAGAGUUAUGUGAGUAUUUGAAACAAAGAAAUAUGCUAAAGCAACCAUCUGAGCAGGAAAGACUCCGAAAAGAGGUGCCACAAGUCAUUGCAGAGGACUUGGACUCCAGCAAUUUAUGA